CUGGAAACAAUUUUUCCUAUGUUUCCCUUCUGUUAAUGUGUCUCCUGAUACAUGCAGCAGAGUGAAAGAUACAGAAGCUACAAGUUUCGGUAAGUUCCCCACGCCUAUUAGUGGAAAUAUUACUGAUGUUUAAAUGCUUUCUUCCUCAGUUCUUGUCUUGGAAGCAGAGUGACACGCCUUAAAAACGGAUGCUUGGUGACUUUCCUGUAAUUCAAAAGGUCAAACCCAAUCUUGGCAUAUUUCCAUUAUAUUCAGCAAUGUUGUGAUUGCUCUGCAGUGGAACUGGCUACAGUGAUCUUCACUGUAUUGAGCUGGUCUUUAUGAUGAUGCUUCUGAAACUCUUGGUGAGCUGAGUGUACCUGCUUGUCUCAGUCCUGAGUAUUACCUGUGGCAGAUUGGAUCAAGCUAAUGCAUGUAAAACAAGUGUGCCGUAUCAUUUUCUUUUUUAAUGAUGACGGUAAGAAGAGUAAAGGCUUGCUGUUAAGGGAUCAAUUCAGCCAAACUGAAAGAGCUUGAAUUUGUAGAAAUUCUUCUAUGGUUUUUAAUGUAUUAAUGAGUUAACUCCUAAAGUUUGCGGAGGAUCUGGGUACUGAAUACUUGAGUUAGAGAGGGGAACAGGAAACAACCAAAAUCAAGAAAAUGCAGGUUUUCGGAGCAUUUUGGUUUAGUUUCAUACAUUUCUUUUUCAAAGCCAUUCUUUUUUAACAACCAUAUUCGAGUUUCAAACUCUGCCUGAAAACAUCCCUUUUAUGAAGCUCGGUACACUGGCAGUAAAGCAGUGCUUCUUUCAGAGGCUUACCACUAAUGUUAAGAAUAAUCACGUUAAGGGUGCAUAUACUGCAUAAAGACUCUUGCUGAUGCUUGUUUUUAUGCUGGAUUUCAGAUUUUGCAGUUCAAUUAAUAUUGAAGUAAGAGUAGGAGAAACAGUUUUUCGGAUUUGAAGUCCUAGAGGAGAAACGCUCUGGAAGAUUUCUGACUGCAGGUGCGGAGCCUGACAGAAGACUCACUGGUAUUUACUGCCUGCCUGUUCGUCUGCAGGUAGGGUAGUUUGUAAACUAUGCUUAAACAACAUGGUUUCGUUUCGUACACUUCAUGGAGCAGAACUGCUUUUGUUUCUGUGGGUCCCCCACCGCCGCUCAGGAGGAACGAAGAGAGCGCAUGGCGGGCGCAGCCGGCGGCUCGUGGCUGCAGCACCAGGGCGGAGGGGCACUUCCGGCCUGAGGGCGGGCACUUCCGGCCUGGGAGGGUACUUCCGGCCUGGGGGCAGGCGUGGGUGCGUGUGUCCGCCGCGCUGCGUACCGGCGGGGAGGGUCUCCGUGCUGCAGCUGCGCCCGCACACCGGGAGCGGAGCGGAGCCGAGCCGAGCCGAGCCGAGCCGAACUGAACUGAACUGAACUGAACGGAGCUGCGGCCAUGGACGACGAGCCCGAGAGGACUAAGCGCUGGGAAGGAGGCUACGAGAGAACGUGGGAAAUACUGAAAGAAGACGAAUCCGGGUCGCUGAAAGCAACCAUCGAGGACAUCCUCUUCAAAGCGAAGAGGAAAAGAAUCUACGAACACCAUGGACAAGUCCGGCUGGGAAUGAUGCGUCACCUUUAUGUGGUUGUUGAUGGAUCAAGAACUAUGGAGGACCAAGAUCUAAAACCGAACAGACUUACUUGCACUUUGAAGUUACUCGAGUAUUUUGUUGAAGAGUUCUUUGACCAAAAUCCUAUUAGUCAGAUGGGCUUAAUUGUAACCAAGAGUAAAAGAGCUGAAAAAAUGACAGAACUUUCAGGUAACUCGAAAAAGCACCUAGCUGCUCUGAAGAAAGCUGUGGAUAUGAACUGCCAUGGAGAGCCAUCUCUGUAUAAUUCCCUGAAUUUGGCCAUGCAGACUUUAAAGCAUAUGCCAGGACAUACCAGCAGAGAGGUUUUAAUCGUCUUCAGCAGUCUUACAACAUGUGAUCCAGCCAACAUCUAUGAGCUAAUCAAGUGUCUAAAAGCAGUUAAGAUCAGAGUGUCUGUCAUCGGUCUGAGUGCUGAAGUUCGAGUCUGCACAGUACUGACCCGAGAAACUGGGGGAACAUACCACGUUAUUUUAGAUGAAAGUCACUAUAAGGAGCUGCUGAUGCAUCAUGUUAGUCCUCCACCUGCCAGUUCAAGUUCGGAGUGCUCCCUUAUUCGAAUGGGUUUUCCUCAGCACACUAUUGCUUCCCUUUCUGACCAAGAUGCAAAGCCAUCUUUUAGCAUGGCACAAUUGGAAAACAACAGUGAGCCAUGUCUUACACUGGAUGGAUAUUUCUGUCCCCAGUGCAGAGCCAAAUACUGUGAACUUCCUGUGGAAUGCAAGAUCUGUGGUCUUACACUGGUGUCUGCGCCUCAUCUGGCUCGGUCUUACCAUCACUUGUUUCCUUUGGAUGCCUUUCAGGAAAUUCCACUGGAGGAAUAUCAGGGAGAACGGUACUGUCAAGGCUGCCAGGCCGAAAUCAAAGAUCAAAAUGUUUAUAUAUGUAAAGUAUGCAAGAAUGCAUUCUGUGUGGAAUGUGACGUGUUUGUUCAUGAUUCUCUGCACUGCUGUCCGGGCUGUAUUCACGAGCACCCUGCUCCUGUAUCUGUAUGAUGUCAUCUCUUUUAGAGAUUGUCAUAUCAAUUUAAUUCUUCUGUAAAUUGUUUGUUCAGACUUGGCUUUCAGUGAGGCACCUCGAAACAAGAAUGAUUACAGAAGAGUGAACACCGGCUUGGAAGCAAGUAUAGUGUUUACCUGAUGUAUUAGUAAUUUUCUAACUGUCAUCAGAUACAGAUAGUUCCAGAAUGUAUUUAUUGUAAAAGGUCUGAGUUUUUCUGACUUUUGCUGUGGGUUAACAUGUACAUUUGUAAAUGUGGAAGUAAUAAAACUCAUUUCUAUAUUAGCAUGA